UAAAACUGACCGGCGCUUCGACAGGUGCUACUAGUCUCUCGUCUGACGUGGCUCGAGGCAAAUGUUCGAUACGUGCGGGGAAAAAUCGCGCGGCACUCGAGUUACGAAAACGGAUACACACAAGGAAACGUUUGCGUGACUGAGGAAGCCGAUCUUCCGCCAAAGUGGAGCGAUUUUUCGAACGGUAGCGGAAACGAGAUGUGAGUGUACCGAUGGACUUGCACACUGGAACUCUUCAAUGUCGUCGUUCGGCACUCAUCGCCUCUUACCUCUCUUAAAAGUUGCGACUCUGUCUCACAAUUGCGCUUUAAUUCACAUUCUCAUUUGCCCAGCGGCAUUACGAGGCACCAUGAACAUCGAUGAGUUCCGCGUGCGUGGCAAGGAGAUGAUCGAGUUCAUCUGUGAGUACAUCCGCACGCUGGAGGGCAAGAGGGUGACGGCGAACGUCGAUCCCGGCUACCUGAGACCGCUGCUACCUAAGGAAGCACCCGUCACGCCGGACUCAUGGGACGCCAUCAUGAGGGACGUCGAUGGCAAAAUAAUGCCCGGAAUCACCCACUGGCAGCAUCCGCGAUUCCACGCCUACUUCCCGUCCGGCAACUCGUUCCCCUCGAUCCUGGGUGACCUGUUGUCGGACGCGAUCGGCUGCAUCGGCUUCUCGUGGGCGGCCAGCCCGGCCUGCACCGAGCUCGAGACCAUCGUGCUCGAUUGGUACGCGAAAGCGAUCGACCUGCCGACCGAGUUCCUGUCGGAGCAGAAGAGCGGCGGCGGCGUGAUACAAGGCUCGGCGUCCGAAUGUAUCCUGGUGACGAUGCUGGCCGCGCGCACCCAGGCGAUCAAAAUGCUGAAGGAGCAGGAGCCAAAAAUGGAGGACUCGGCGUUCCUGCCGCGGUUGGUGGCCUACUGCUCCACGGAGUCGCACUCGUGCGUGGAGAAGGCAGCGAUGAUCAGCCUGGUGAAGCUGCGGGUACUCGAACCGGACGAGAAGGCUUCCUUACGCGGCAAGCGUCUCGAAAUGGCCAUCAAGGAGGACGUGGCGAACGGCCUGGUACCGUUCUACGUGUCCACCACGCUGGGCACCACCGGUUCCUGCGCCUUCGACAACCUCGUGGAGAUUGGGCCAGUGUGCAAGCUGUACCCGAACAUCUGGCUGCACGUAGACGGCGCAUACGCCGGCAAUGCGUUCAUCUGUCCCGAGAUGCGGCCGUUCAUGGCCGGCAUCGAGCACGCCGACUCCUUCAACACGAAUCCCAACAAGUGGCUGCUGGUGAACUUCGACUGCUCCUGCCUGUGGGUGCGCAACAGGAUGAAACUGACGUCCGCGUUGGUGGUGGAUCCCCUCUAUCUUCAGCACGCUCGCUCGGGGGAGUCGAUCGACUACCGUCACUGGGGUAUUCCACUCAGCAGGCGGUUCCGCGCGCUCAAGCUCUGGUUCGUCAUGCGGUUGUACGGUAUCAGCGGCCUGCAGAAGUACAUUCGGAAUCACAUAAGGCUGGCGAAGCGGUUCGAGGCGCUCAUGAAGAAGGACAGGCGUUUCGAGAUCCUGAACGACGUGCGGGUUGGCCUGGUAUGCUUCCGGCUGAAGGAGAGCGACGAGAUGAAUCAGGAGCUGUUGGCCAACAUCAAUGCGUCCGGCAGGAUACACAUGAUACCAGCUCGCGUGAUGGGCAAGUACAUCCUGCGCUUCUGCGUGACGAAGGAGGACGCGACCGAGGACGACAUCGACUACGCCGUCAGCGUGGUCGAGGAGCACGCCACGGAGGUGAUGCUGGCGCACUACGAGGGCACGGAGGACGAGUACAGGGCGAAGGGACCGAAAAGCCCGGCUGCUCUGGACAAGAAGCUCGUGCGGAAGUUCAGCUUCACCAGAAGCGUCACCAGGGACGCUUACAAGAGAUCUAUCUCGAAAUCCAGCCUGCACGAUGGCGCGACGCCCAUCAUGGUCGUCGACGAUAACUCGCAGGUCGAUGCCAUUGACGAUGAUCGUUUCUGCAAUAGCAGAUCGUGACGAUAUCGAUGACGGUCCCCGGCGCCGCCUCGGGACGACGUAGGCGACAAUAAAAAGGGCCCUCGCUAUACGGCCGUGUGAUGCGGUACUCCGACGGUCCAUCGUCGCCGAUUUACUGUUUCCCGAGGUCGCGUCUGUUGAUAAGGACCAAUUAUCGCUGAUAACACCUAAGUCUUCAGGCAAAUUAUUCGUUUGCGACUAAGCUCAUCGGAUGCCAUCCAAGACGAUCGUUCGAUCAUGGACAAUGGAUCGGCCGUACAUUUCCUUGAGCACGAGUGAUUCUUCGUGGCGGCAGAUUAUCAAUGAUGCGAUAUUGAGCCGAGUUUUGCGAUAGAGCGUGAGAUUUUUAAGCCCAAUUUAGACGAUCUUUAACUCGCGACAGAAUUCCAUUUAAAAAGUAGACGUAAAACGAUUUGUAAUUUAAUUACAAGCUCUGAACGCCCCACGCGAACGGCUGCGUUAACGUUAUAAUGUUGUAAUUAUAGUUCAAAAAUAUUCGAUUUGAAUAUUCGACAUUGUAGGGUGUCAGAUUUUUGUUAAAAUUAUUUAUACAAUCCUGUCGCACGCACAAAUUCUGUCCCAAGUUACGGAUAGUCUAAAGUGGGUUUUAAAGGCGACUGCGCGCAUAGUUACCGUAGUCGUGAUUUAUUUUGGUAUAUAAAUAUAUAUACGCAUGUGUAUAGACGGAUAGAGAGAUGAAUCGAUGUAAAUAUGUAAUACAUAAUAAUGACUGCCGACGUACGCACGGAUUCUAAUAGUUUUAUAUAAAACGCUAGUGAGUAAUUAAAGUGUAUCGAUCUCAAUAGAUUUACGCGUGGGUUAACAGCAAAUGACUGUGCUGAUCCUAGUUAUAUAUCGGGUGCAUUUUUUCUCGCAGAUACUAUUAUAGAAAUUAUGAAGAAAAAUGCGUUGCAUGACGCAAAUUUGUAAUUUUUAUUUUAGUUAGAAAAAAAAGGUAAUCACAACAACAGCGUACUUAGUCUCGUACCGUUAACUAAUCAAAAAUUAACAAGCUGUAUAAUAAAUAAUGUGAUAUUCAAGCGAGGAUCCCUAAAAAUAAAGUAAAAACUGUACUAGAUUAAUUGAGCAGUCGUGUGAAUGAUAUCGGCCGAUGAAGAGAUAGAUUUUGAUUUAUAAACCAUUUGUAAGUAAUUCUUGCGAUGAAAGGAAUUGGUAAAAUUAUGGGACAACGUUCAGAGAAGAACAAACGUAUUUGUAAAUUUAUAUUUAGAUUGAUAGUUUUAGAUCAAUAAUAAAUAAAGUAAAUUAAUAAUUGGAAUCUGUUAUCGUCGAGGAUCGAUGCUGACACGAAUAUGGAUAUAUACAUGUACGUUUAUCAUGUACGCAUAUGUACAUAUGCAUGUCAUGGAUAACUUCGACUCAUAAAAGUGAAUUCCGAUUCGUGAAAGCCUUGUUGAAGAAAAACCUGAUCACUAUUCGCGAACAUGAUGUAUGUAGAAUGAUGAUAACGCAUUUAUAUCGUAUGUACAAAUGUUACAAUAAAAUGAAAAUUUGACUUCGUAAAA